CACUCUAAAGUCCAAAUGGGGAAAUUCGAACGAGGUAUACCAGAGCUGAAUAUAUCAAAUCCAAACGUACAGCCGGAAACUAAAUCUCAUCGACUGUUGAUGUCGUCUACGAGACUACGACCUACGGGUCUUGUUUUGCCUUUGGCAUACUGGGACUGCUGGGAGAAUGAAGAGAUAUUCGAAAAAGAAAACAACAAUUCUGUAUCUAAAGAAACGCUGUUAAAAAUUCAGCAGCAUUUAUCAAUUCACCAUCUUUAUGGCAAAUCACCAAGUAAACUCCCAGAUAUUGAUUUGAAGCUCCCAACUUUAUUAGGAAAAAACAUAGCAGAACACUUUGAAAAAAUUGCUGAAAAACAAUGUGGAAGUUACCGUAAUAAAUUGUUAGAUUUGACAUCACAUUGCAUUCCAGACAUCCCUCAAGUCUGGAACUUUGCACCUGGAUGGACAAGAUACAACCAAAAUGGAGAGAUGGAUCUAGUUCAUUUUCCAGAAGAGGAUGCAUAUGUCUUUGAUGUGGAAGUCUGUGUGAAAGAGGGCCAUUUGCCAACCCUUGCAACUGCAGUUUCAAAAAACUACUGGUACUCAUGGUGUAGUAAUCAGCUGUUUACUGAAAAUAAGGUGCAAAGUUCAAUUUUGAAGGAUAUGGAAAGUAUUUAUGAAUUAAAGGACUUGAUCAACUUGGAAUCAAAAACGGAACAAGACCGUCUCCCUCUCAAAGAUCAAAAAGAGCGUAUCGUUAUAGGACAUAAUGUAAGUUAUGACCGUUCGCGAAUAAAAGAGCAGUAUUUCAUCGAUGGCACCAAAGUUCGAUUUUUUGAUACGAUGGCUUUGCACAUAGCGAUCAGUGGCAUCACGAGUUUUCAAAGAAACAUGCUCCUUGCCGCAAAAUCUGGUACCCCUAUUGAUCGUUCUCUGAAAAAUCCCCAGUACUGGAAUGGCAAGUCAAGAAAAACGGAAGAAAUUCUAGAGUGGCAAAAUGUCAGCUCAUUUAACGGUUUAAAUGAUGUGCACAAACUUUAUUGCGGAGGAUUAGGUUUAGAUAAAGAGAAGCGAAACAUCUUUGUAACUGGUUCUCUAACAGAUAUUAAAGACGAUUUUCAGCAAUUAGUAACUUACUGUGCACGAGAUUGUCAAGCAACUUACCGAAUACUUUGUGUUCUUCUCCCCGAGUUUCAGAAGCGAUUCCCACACCCAGUCACGUUGGCUGGGAUGUUGGAAAUGAGUACAUCGUAUCUACCGGUAAAUCGCAAUUGGCAACGAUAUUUGCAAGAAUCUGAAGAUACAUACCGUGAUUCAGAGAAUGAAUUAACCCAGAGCUUGAAACGAGAAGCUGACCGUGCAUCCCAUAUGAUGACGGAUAAAUCCUACGAAAAGGAUCCCUGGCUUUGGGAUCUUGACUGGUCAACGAAACCGCUGAAAGUGAAAAAAACGUCGGUGCCAAAAAAGAAAAAAAGCGCAGCUGUUAUACCCAGCAUAAAUAAUGGAGAACCAGAAAAUCAAACAAAUAAAGAAGAUGACGACGAUGAGAUUCUUGAAAUUCAAAAACUAAAAUGUCAGUUUCAAGAAUUAUUCAAUACCAAGGAACUGUUAUUCAAACGCAAUUCUUUCUUGCCCGGUUACCCAAAUUGGUACAGCUCCUUAUGCGAUCGCCUUCAAGAUGGUUUGAUCGGCCCAACUGAAGUGUCAACAUCAGCCCAAGUAGUACCCAAACUACUCAAACUGACCUGGGACGGAUAUCCACUUUUUCAUAGUCGUGAACUAGGUUGGGGCUAUCUUGUUCCAGGGAGACCUUUAAAUUUGUCUCGAAUCGAUGAAGAUGUGUGUGAGAUUCCUUUUCCGUUGAAAGAAGCAUUAGCCCUAUUCCCACCUCGGCCUGCUGACCAAAAUGUUUUGACUAAAGGAAUUAUUACCGCUGAAGAAGCCAUGCUGAAGCUUAGACAAAUGACGGAUUUGACUGCUGAUCCUGUUGACUUGGCCAUGCAGUGGCAGGCUACUCGGAGAAGUUUAAACAACGACGCAGAUCAAGCGAAUCUUCAUCCUGCGAUUGACAAAUCAAAAGAGAAACACACUUAUUUGACAUCCGAUCGACCUGCUUGGCACGUAGGAAUAGGCCCUUAUGACGUUGGUGUGGCUGGUUGUUGGUUUUUUCGACUCCCGCAUAAAUCUGGUGUUGACAACAAUGUUGGAAAUCCGCUUGCCAAAGACUACUUAAACAAAAUUGAAGACGGUACUUUAAAAGCCACUUCAAGUUCCAUUGCCGAACAUGUUUUAAAACUAAACCGCAAUAUCAUCUACUGGAGAAACGCUCGCGAUCGCAUUAUGUCACAAAUGGUUGUGUGGCUUCGACAAUCUCAAAUUCCUCGCAACGUGACCAAAUCUGAACAUUUUGACCCAUUGAAUACGUAUGGGGCCAUUCUACCACAGAUCGUAACGUCAGGCACUCUCACACGAAGAGCAGUUGAAUCUACCUGGUUGACAGCUUCAAAUGCGUACAAGGAUCGGAUAGGAUCAGAAUUAAAGGCUAUGAUCCAAUGUCCUCCUGGCUUUAACUUUGUCGGUGCGGAUGUUGAUUCUCAAGAACUUUGGAUUGCAUCUAUAAUUGGGGACUCAUUUUUCGCCGGUCAACACGGUUCAACUGCUUUUGGCUGGAUGACUCUUCAGGGCAAAAAAAGUGAUGGGACAGACAUGCACAGCCGAACCGCUACAGCCGUUGAAAUUACGAGAGAUCAGGCCAAAAUUUUGAAUUAUGGAAGAAUUUAUGGGGCUGGCGAACGAUUCGCAAGAACCUUGUUGAUGCAGUUCAAUCACCGGUUAACCGAAAAAGAAGCUACAGAAAAAGCCCGCAAAAUGUACUCAUUGACUAAGGGUAAUUCUCUCCUCAAAUUAAGUCAUUAUGGGCGGCAAUUAGCCUCUGCUUCGGGAAAUAAAGAUGAGUUGGUAACACUAGAACAAUUAAGUGAAAUGCGAAAAAAUGCAAGAAAGGAACCCAGCCUGAAGAAGAUCGCCAAUUUGCCGACAGACGAAUUAGUUGAACGGCGAAUGUGGGCUGGCGGAACCGAAUCACACAUGUUCAACAAACUGGAAGAAAUUGCUCAGUCGGAGUCGCCGCAGACUCCAGUGUUACAUUGCCGGAUCAGUCGUGCCUUGGAACCCCGAAAUGUUGGCAACGAAUUCAUGACGAGUCGCGUGAAUUGGGUAGUCCAGAGUUCCGCCGUCGACUAUCUUCAUUUGAUGAUUGUGGCAAUGCGAUACCUCGUUGAUGUGUACAAAAUUGAAGGCCGUUUUUCAAUAAGCAUUCACGAUGAAGUUCGGUACAUAAUUAAGGAAGAGGAUAAAUUCCGUGCUGCAUUAGCGUUACAAGUCGCAAACCUUUGGACCCGGUGCAUGUUUUCAUAUCAAAUGAAUUUGAAUGAUCUACCUCAGGCCGUUGCUUUCUUCUCGUCAGUGGAUAUAGACACGGUAUUACGCAAAGAAUCAAACAUGGACUGUCAAACACCCUCAAACCCUUAUGGCCUCAAACAAGGAUAUGGCAUAGAUUUUGGUUGCAGCUAUGACAUUUACCAAAUUUUGGAAAAGACUGGUGGUUCUCUCGAUUCAAAAACCAAAAAUUGCAGUAAAGAAUCCCCUUUGAAUUAGCCUUAAUGUUCC